UUCUGCUGCUUCACUUCGGAAUUCGACCGCCAUUGCGUGAGUUGAGAUUGGAGAAGACAACUUUUUUUCUUGAACACAACAUGCCAGUAGCUUCAUUAAGAUCGAACCAAGGUGCAAACGAUAAUAUGGAUAGUGUUAAAGCCUUGACCGGGAUGAUCGACAAGAAAGUACGGAAUCUUGAGAAGAGAAAGGGCAAAUUGGACUCGUACAAACAACUUGCAUCAGAUGGGAAGGAAUUAAACGAUGAUCAGCAGGCAGCUAUUCAAAAUCUAACGUCUGUUGAGUUGAAUUUGGAGUUUGCUAAAGAUUUGCAAAAGCAGUUCAAUCAGUUUGCCCUUGAGCAUGCAAAACUCCAGAAGAAGCAAGCAAAGAGAGAAGAAGCCUUAAGACAAGCAAGUCGUCGCGAUGCAGACUUGGCUAUGAUAAAAAAUGUGCUUGAGUUGCAGAAUUUGUUAAACCAGUUGUCUGAUGAGGCCAGAGAAGACUUCAUUAAAGGCAGUGGUGGAGCUGUGGCUUUAGGUGAGAAUGUUUUAAAGCAGAUUGAUGAGCUUUAUAAAGUGAUCACACCUGAUGAUGAAUCUGAUGUUCCUAUUGAUGAACAAAUUGUUGCAGCAAGUAAUCAUCUUUCGGAAUUCUUCUUGGCUUCUUCCAAAGAAUUUCAGGACACGACAUACAAAAAUCUCUCAGAGGCCAUUUCCAGCAUCCGAGAAUCUGGUUAUUUUGAAGUGAAAGAAGAUGAAGAAGAGUCUGAUGAACCUGCUGAAGACGAGGAGCAAGAAGCAGCUGAGGAGGAUAUCAAGGAUGAUGAGGGUCCUGAGGAGACGCCUGUGGAUGCUAUUAGGGAAGAAGUACCUCAGCCAGCUGCUGUGGAAGAUGUUCAAGAAUCACAGCCUGAUGUUGAAAACGGUAAUGAAGCAACGCCUGUUGAAACUCCGCCUUCGGACACACAAGAUGAUUUAACCGCAAAUGAACAUGGCUUGAAUUUCUUGGGCGAAUCAGAAGUUAGUUCAAAGUCUCGUAUACACGCUGAUGCUCCACCAUUUUAUCCAUCAUCGGCGUCUCAUGUCCCCCAACAACCACAAGCAACAACGUUUGAUUCUGAUUUUGCUCCAACAGAAACUGGGGCAGGAUGGGAUGAACCUACUUACGAAGUUUCAGAACAAUUCCGUGUUUCCGAGGAAAGCAACCCAAGGGAUGAUCGUGAUGGUUUCCGGGGGGGUAGAGGCCGAGGUGGAUUCCGGGGAAGAGGGGGUCGUGGUGGUAAUCGUGGUAAUUACAGUGGUGGUAAUUAUGGUAGCGGUACCUUCUCUCGCGGUGGACAAAAUCAACGUGGUGGGGGGUUCCGUGGUGGUAAUAGAGGUGGUCGUGGUAAUUUCCGUGGUAACAGAGGACAGCGUGGUGGCCGUGGUGGAUAUCAACGGGAUUAGGUAAUAUUGAUGUGUGGUGGACUAUACAUAGUUUAAUUCCUUAGCAAGAUUUUAAUGAAGCUACUGACAUUGUGUAUCAAGACCUUUGAGCAGCUAUGCUCUGAUGAAUGACUCCCGUUCUUCAUCGUGAUUGGCCAAGUUUUGUUGUGCUUUGGCCCUAUUGGUUGUUUUGUCUCAGGGAAAGUUUUGGUUGACCAUUACCAUUGCUAACCUGAUUAGUUAUUAUUGUCCUGGUCGCAAGACUUAAUGUGACUUAUAUUGAUCGAGAUAACUUUGUGUAUAAUAGUGUGUUCGUUUUUUUGUUAAAUUUUUUAUCUUUCGUUUGGAUUUUGAGGUAUAUUUUGCCUAGUAAGUAUAUGGUGUUACCUUCGUGAUUAGGAAACACACCUUGUUCCAUGUUAUUCUUCUCAAUAAAUAAGUUGUAUCGUGAAUAUUCCGCGGUAAGAUCGCAUUUCCCAUUUGCCCGGGUAUCGCAUUAGUCGUUCCUGAACUUUAUUCUGGUUGGAUUAUCAUUCACAUAUCUGUCAAUAACAACAGAAAUUCGAACAUGCAUAGAGUAAAAAGACUAGUAACAGGAUUUGCCAAGAAAAGCCGAAUUUUAUUGCUGCAUUUUUUAUGGUGGAACAUGCCAAAAUUUGAUUAUAUCUGUUGUUCCCUGGUUGUUGGUAGAUACAUCAUGCAUGCAUGGUUGCCCUGAAUACACACUGUGUAAUUAUAAACAGAAACAUAAGACGGACUACAAGACGACGGAGAGAAACCUUAUGAAUGUGAUGUGAUGUGAUGUUUGUAACAAAAAUUGUAGAAAAACUAAAAGAAAAGACAACAUGUACUUCGACGAACGGACUUACACAACUGACUGUCCAUUAUCACCCAACGAAGCGAAAGAACACAUACUGGAGACUAAAGCCUCAUGAAUGUAACGUAUUUAAUAUUUUCAAAUUAAAUCUUGCACAAGAACAGACGACGAAAAUAACUUUACGAUCUUCAUAACGAUUACACGUGAUUUGAUUAUUCACCAAAAGCAAAGAACACACACUGGAGAGAAAACCUUACGGAAUGCAAACGUAAAAAACUGCAUGAAACAAAGACAAACUAUAAACAAACGAGAACAAAUAAAACGUACAAUAUUGCGCGACGUGGGUGAUGAUAAAACCUUACAAAUACCUGAAUUCGUGUGGAGAAAAUUCUCACUGAAACAGUUUAAGACCUCAACUGUUAACAGGGUCAAUAAAACAAUAACGUUUUUACUAAACGAACACUGACGCAUGACGAAACCUUUUGAAUGUAAUGUUUGUAAGAAGAGAUAUUUUCACAUUUUAGCAAUGCAGUGGAACGCAUUACUUAGUACAAGGAACCUGCAAAGACGAACUUCACAGAAUAUGUUUAUAGUAAGACACAGAAUAUGUUGAUAUUUACAUAACUUUUGUCAACUAUACCGAGUUUUAUCCGACGCUACUACACAUGGCAGUAAUGCUGCAAAAAUUAUAUGUGCAUGUUUAACACGUGACCAGGGGCAGAGAUAUUUCAUCAACUAAAUUAGACUAAUCUUGUGGAAAAAAGGCGAGAUUGCAUUUGUUUAAAUCACAUGCAAUUGCAAGUCUAUCGCAUCACACGAUUUUUAAUUUACUUUGGAACUUGGUGUGUUUUCUAUUUUUUCACUAGCAUCUUUUUCUUUUAACUUUUUGGUCACCAUAUCGUUAAUUCCGACCUAUAAGUAUCGUGUAGCUAAUGAGUAAUGUAGUUGUAUUUCAUUUUGUGAACGCUUUCUUAUGUUAUGAUUGUACUUAAUUAAUUCACUUUCUGUUCUGAUUUAGUUAAAUCUUUGUUGAAUAUUGUGGAAAUGUUUUAA